CAGGUGCAGAGAGAUAUUGAACCUUGUUGUCAACUCGGAGUCCUUCGCACACAAUGAUAUAGCUUUAGCUCUUGACGGGCAGGAGGUCAUCAGCUCUAUCGUAUAGUCCUACUGAUUUGCUGUCAAGGUAGCCCCCGUCGCGAAUCUACUAGACUUCGAAAGGUUACUGACGAUGCGUGCCUUGACUUCUAGCCAACAGGUGUACACCGUAACGAUGAUGACCUUCCCUCCUGCCAAAGGCUAGCACUAUAUCGUUGGGUGCGAAGGACUCCGAGACGACAUGAAGGGUAGGUUUCCAUUUGAACGUGAAGAGGAGCAACAGCGGUCAAGACAGUGCCCUGCCGAGGUACUUCUGGAAACAGGCUUGUCGAUUCAAGUAGAGCAAGACUCAUUCCUUGCGAUCGAGAUGUUUGAGUUGUGUCGACAUGUGACAAAAGGAUGUCUUUUCCAGGAGGGGAGGGGGGCAUUCUCUCGUCCAACCACAAUGAUUCCAUUCACGUCCGGUGUCCGUGGAGUGUCUCUAUUUCUACUCGUCCUCGCUUCGAUGGACUUGCAAUCAUAUGCGGGGUUACAGAACUAUCACUGUGGACGACCUACGAGUACGAGGAGGGAAGAUGCCGUUUCCCACCUCGCAGAGUUCUGUCACCUUACAGGCAUGCACUUCAUCGUCGUUGUAUUGGAUUGGUACAUGUUCACAGACACACAUUCUGGCGAAUACGAUGUGAGCCAUGGAGGAAGUGACAAACAAGCGGCACGCGACCUUUUGAUUGUGGUCAAUCUUAGGCGAGGGCUCGCGCCACUCGCAGUUGCACCCAGUCAGCAUCACCUCAUCAUGCCACUACGCAUGCCUGGUUCCCUUCCCAGUCAAUGUGAACCCUACUGAGGUAGGCAAAGCCUUCCCCAAAGCCCUAAUCCCCUGCAUACUGCUGCGAGCUGAUGCACAAGACGGUGUUUUGUUCAGAGUAACGUUAGUAACAUGUCAAAGUCAUUUGACAAUAUAUAUCCGCCGUUCCAGCCCCUCAAACCCCCUCACACU